CUCGUAAGGAAGAGAAGAAGAGAGAAGUAACCUUGUUUAAACACAUCAGUGUCAAAAAAUAGAAAUUUUUUAAGACUCCAAAAUAUUUAUUUUUGUACAAUGUAUUGUUGUUAAGUGUAAAAAUACUAGUAGUGCGUGAGUGAGAGUAUGUUAAAGUUUGGCAGCAAAAGAAGCACAUAUAGCACAAUUCUAGGAAAAACGAGAGGGUGUCCAGUGAAGCGAGGGACGAAUGCAGAGAGAGCAGAGUUUCGAGCUCGGCCAGGUGACCCCCGUCAGUCCAACCAACGGCUCUACCAGAAACCGAGAUGACCAUCGUGGACCUCCCCCCGCAGAUGAGGAAGAUGGAAAACUAUCAUCUGCACUCGACAGGGACACUGAGACCUCAGCUGAUCCUAGAGUUAGUGCCGAGCAACGUGUGAUAUUUAUCAAUAGGACGCAACCGCCAGUUUCCAAAUUUGUUAAUAAUAGGGUAUCAACAGCCAAAUACAGUAUUGUAAGAUUCAUACCGCUGUUCCUUUUCGAACAGUUCCGAAGAUGGGCCAACGUGUUUUUUCUUAUGAUAGCGAUGUUACAACAGAUCCCCGACGUCUCGCCCACCGGCCGAUACACCACUUUAGUGCCUCUAAUUUUUAUAUUAUCUGUAUCUGCCAUCAAGGAAAUUAUAGAGGAUGUCAAAAGACAUAGAGCCGAUGACGAAACGAACCAUAGAAAAGUAGAAGUGCUUAGAGGGGAUAACUGGAUAUAUGUGCGGUGGAAGAACGUAGUAGUAGGGGAUAUAGUGAAAGUUUGGAACAACAAUUUUUUUCCAGCAGAUCUGGUCCUUUUAUCUUCAAGUGAGCCUCAAGGAAUGAGUUUUAUCGAAACCGCAAAUUUGGACGGAGAGACUAACUUGAAAAUCAGACAAGCUCUGCCUAGUACCUCCACUUUGACGAGCAUACAAGACUUGGCGCAGCUGUUCGGUACUAUUGAGUGUGAGCCGCCCAAUAAACACUUAUAUGAAUUCAACGGUGUCAUUAGACAGUCCGGACGAUCUCCCGAACCUCUUGGACCGGACCAGAUUCUUCUCCGCGGUGCCAUCUUGCGAAACACCUCGUGGGUGUUCGGAAUCGUGAUAUACACCGGCCACGAGACAAAGCUGAUGAAGAACUCGGCCAUGGCGCCCUUGAAGCGUUCUACAGUUGAUAAGAUGACCAACGUCCAGAUCCUUCUACUGUUCGGUGUGCUGUUCGUGAUGUGCUUGAUCUGUUCCAUUUUUAACGUUUUGUGGACCAAAAGUCAUGCUGAUCGUGACUGGUAUAUUGGCUUAGAAGAUCAUUCCUAUAAUUUUUUCUACAACUUACUUACAUUUUUGAUUCUUUUUAAUAAUUUGAUACCAAUAUCACUUCAAGUAACAUUGGAAGUCGUCAGGUUCAUUCAGGCUAUAUUUAUCAACAUGGAUGCAGAAAUGUACCACGCAGAGACAAACACUCCUGCAAUGGCGAGAACUUCUAAUCUGAACGAAGAGCUGGGGCAAGUCAAGUAUGUUUUUUCCGAUAAGACUGGCACCCUGACGAGAAACAUUAUGGAAUUUAAGAAGCUAGCUAUCGGUAGGGAUGUCUUCACGACCACAGACAACGUAGAGGACUCGAUCUUAGUAAAGAACCUUCGCGACGGCCACAAGAAUGCUAACUUAAUGCGAGAAAUGCUCGUUCUUCUAUCUGUGUGUCAUACAGUCAUUCCCGAGAAGACGCCAGAAGGUGAAGUGAUUUACCAUGCAGCAUCCCCGGAUGAGAGGGCGUUAGUAUAUGGUGCUGCCAAAUAUGGAUACGUCUUCGAAAGCAGAACUCCAGAUCAUGUAGAAAUCGAUGCGUUAGGCACCAGGGAAAGAUAUGAGAUACUGACUGUACUUGAGUUUACUUCGGCAAGAAAGAGGAUGAGCGUUAUAGUGAGGGAUCCCAAAGGUAAAAUUAAGCUGUUCUGUAAAGGCGCAGACUCGGUUAUAUACGAAAGACUGGACAACAACUCCGGUAGAGAGCAUUGCGAAGUUCUUCUUCAACAUUUGGAGCAUUUCGCCAGCGAAGGAUUGAGAACUUUAUGUUGCGCAGUGGCAGAAUUGAAAGAAGCUGAUUUUGAGCACUGGAAAGAGAUGUAUCAUAAAGCCAGCAUAUCCCUACAACAUAGAGAAGAAAAAAUCGAGGAAGCUGCAAAUCUGAUAGAACGUAAAUUGAAAUUGGUCGGUGCUACUGCCAUAGAAGAUAAAUUACAAGAAGGUGUACCUGAUACGAUAGCAGCUCUACUUCAAGCUGAUAUUAAUGUCUGGGUGUUGACGGGUGAUAAACAAGAAACUGCCAUAAACAUUGGAUACUCUUGCAGACUUCUAUCCCAAGGGAUGCAGCUGAUUAUUCUUAAUGAAGACGGAUUGGACAAAAGUAGGGAAGCAAUUCUAAGACAUUGCGAAGACAUCGGAGUAAAUUUGGAAAAACAAAACGAGCUGGCACUGAUAAUUGACGGAAAAACAUUGACGUAUUGUUUGACGUGUGAACUAAGGAACGAUUUCCUCAGACUGUGUGUUUCCUGCAAAGUGGUGAUCUGCUGUAGGGUGUCGCCGAUGCAGAAAGCCGAAGUAGUGGAAUAUGUAACUAAAUAUACGAAGACGGUUACACUCGCCAUUGGUGAUGGUGCCAACGACGUAGCUAUGAUCCAGAAGGCGCAUGUCGGAGUGGGAAUAUCGGGAGUGGAAGGUCUUCAAGCUGCUUGCGCUUCGGACUACAGUAUAGCGCAAUUCAGGUUCCUGUUGAGAUUAUUGUUAGUACACGGGGCUUGGAACUACUCAAGAAUGUGUAAGAUCAUCCUGUAUAGUUUUUACAAGAACAUUUGUCUCUACGUCAUCGAACUGUGGUUUGCAAUCUACUCAGGCUGGUCCGGGCAGAUCCUCUUCGAGCGGUGGACCAUUGGUCUCUACAACGUUAUAUUCACAGCGCUACCUCCUCUAGCUAUGGGUUUGUUCGACAAACCUUGCAGCUCUGACAAGAUGAUGCAGUUCCCGAAGCUCUACAAACCUUCCCAGAGUGGAGAGCUGUUCAACAUUAAAGUUUUUUGGGUGUGGAUCAUAAACGGAAUGGUGCAUUCGGCUCUCUUGUUUUGGCUGCCUUUACUGGCUUACCAACACGACAUUUUGUGGCUAAAUGGACACGACGGAGGAUAUUUGGUUCUCGGGAAUUGUGUGUAUACGUACGUCGUGAUCACAGUUUGUCUAAAAGCGGGACUUGUGACGAACUCCUGGACGUGGUUGACCCAUUGCGCGAUAUGGGGAUCUAUAGUGUUAUGGUUUCUCUUUAUUAUUGUCUACAGUUUGUUUUGGCCUACCAUACCUUUUGGGUCAGUUAUGUCGGGGAUGUACAUCAUGGUGUUUUCUUCGACUCUGUUCUGGUUAGGCCUGUUUGUUGUGCCAAUUGUUACUGCGUUGCCUGAUUUUACUAUUAAAAUUAUCCACGGAACCAUUUUUAAAUCUCUGACGGAUCUCAUACGGGAGAGCGAGAUCAAGAAAAGCGACCCGGAAGUGUACAGGGGCGAGCCGAAAAAUUCACUGUCUGAGACUGCCCGGCUGCUGAGGAACGUCUUCACCAGGAGGAGCACGGCUCCCAGGAUCGAACAAGAUGUCGAACUAUCACACGGUUUCGCUUUUUCCCAAGAAGAAGGAGGAGCAGUAUCGCAAUCAGCCGUUAUAAGAGCCUACAACACCAACAUCCCGAAGCCUGACGGAAUGUAGAAGCACGCCAGCGGGAAGUCUCGAAAGUACUUAUGUUCCUUUCGGAUCAAAAUGUAAAACUGACAGAUAAAACAGAAAAUUUUAUUGCUCGGUACAACCUGAUCUUCUGCGUCUCGCUAUCAACGUGAUUGACAGAAGACUCGGUUGUUCCGGAUUAUUUUUUUACGAAAAUUCUAACAGAGUUAUAUAAAAUGCAUAAUGUGUGUUUUAAAGGUAAAAUUUUGAACGUUAGAGUAGGUUGAAUUGGUUUUUUAUAGUACCAACGGAAGAGGUGAGUAGCAGAAGAAGCUGUUUCAUUUGAUACAGUUUGAGAUGUUGAGAUCCAAACUAAACUUACUUUAUACAUGCCUCUAUUGAUUAUUUUAGAGGAUAAGGCUACACAGUAUCUCAAACUGUAAACGAAUAUCCAUAUAGUUUCUUCUUUCGCUCACUUCUUCAAUGUUUGUGUAUAAUUUUUGCACAUAUAGGAACAUUAUUACUACUUGUUAUGUUACGGUAUUUUCGUAAAAAUUUACAACUAUUUUUAGGCAGUAACUCUUCUGGAGUUAUAGUCACUACUUUGUAUUGAUAUAGAAGUUAUAUUUUGACAUGUUUAAAAAUCUGUUGAUGAAAAUAUGUGUAUAGACUUACAGUAGAAUAAAAAAUUGAUCACCUAACCUAACAUAACCUCUAACUUUCUGUGAAAUGCAACCUGAAACCACAAGCACUAAAAUAUGAUGGUCAGUUUUAUGAUGUAACAUCAAAGAUUGGAAUAGCUACGAUACUGGAGAACUGAAUGGUCAAAGCAAACAAAAAUCCUAAACAACACCUUCGCAGGAAAUCGAAGAUUGGACGUGCCAUGUGGUCGAUAAGUGACAAAAUAGAAUUUACAUUAUUCAGUCAACAGAUUUUUAACAGUACUUACAAGAACUGAAAUUGCCUUGGUUGGUGAUUAUUCUUUCUAGAUUUAGGAAACUUUACCAACGAAUCUGGUGUCUUAAUGAGAGUAACGAUGCAGAUUAUACAUAUCACAAAUCUGUGGUACGUUUUUUACUUACAUUUUCUGACAUUUGUGUUUAGAUGUACAGCCGUCGCAUCAGUUUUUACUACAAUUAUUGUAUUUUUACCACCAAAUGAAGUGAAAUGCUGAAUUGAAACAAUUUUACAGUUAAAUAAAAAAAGAAAAUGAAAGAGAAGUAUCUAAAGGUGCUGUAUAAGACCGAUGGUAUUUAUUUUUAGUACUUGUUGGACACAUUCCUGUUUAAUAUUGUUUUCAGAUAAGGAUUUGCGUAUUUCAAUUUCUAAUCUUGAAAGUUUUGGUACAACUGUUAAAGUUAUGUGCCGUCGCAUCAGUUUUUAUUACUAAUAUGCUGUUUUAAGAUCAAGAUGAAGUGAAAUAUUGAACUGAAAUAAUUGUAUAACUGGAUCAAAAAGAUUAGUAACACUUCACUAUUAUUACAUUUUGACACGAAUACGUCGUGAAUUGUCACCAACCAAGUAAUUUCAGCAUUAUUUUUUAUAUUGUCCAUCGUAACGAAAUUAUGUUGAUCUACUUAUUUAAUAAGUCUAAAAGUGUAAAUAUUAAUUUUAAAAAGUUAUGUUUUAUGUAAACCAUCCAUUGUUAAGUUUGAUUUUUUUUUAAUUUUAGUAUUAGAUCAUGUAACUUUUAUAUAAUUGUUGAUGCAGAUGUUGGAGUUUAUGUUUAUAGUUUAUUUUUUAUUGAAGAGGAAGAUUUUCUGGAAUUUGUAAAAUAAAUUGCGAUCAUUUUCAUUUUAAUUAUUGUUGUUCCAAGCUAUCUAAUGAUUUUUCAGAUAAAAACAACUUUGUUUACAGUGGGUGAUAUCUGUAGUAGUAUAUAUAAUGGCGUCCAACGUGGGGCUUUCGUAAAAAAGGCUCCCAACUUAAAACUGUAUAGGCGUCAUAAAGUGUUGGA